UCUACUGAUCAGUGGAUUUUUUUUUUUUCUUCACUGACGCCACAGGAAUAUUCCGGAAAGAUCAAGCGAAUAUUUAUCGGGCUUGUUCAGGAAGCAUGAAGAAUUAUUUUCAUACAUGAAUGGCAGUCCUAUAACCUUAACCCUAUUGAAAGGCUUCGGGAUGGGAUGUGGUGGAGAAGUUUAUAGAGUGGUCCGACUCUGCUGUUGUCAAUUCAAGUUCUCGGCAAAAAAGGUCUUACAGGUACACUUCAAGAAACACCAACAGGAUCUGAUCAUUCAUGACUAAUCACACUCUAUUUUAGAAAUAAAAUCAACAAGUGUCUGAUAAACACCUAAUCAAAACUCUCUGCAAAGAUCACGAACAGCAAGAGACGCCGAGACAUACAGAAGACCUCAUAAAGGGGGCUCACCCGGUCGCUCAUAAGAGACAUGAUGUAGCUAGCAGGCUGCACUUUCUCUAUUCAGUUAAUUCAGAUUUUCCCGCCUAGAGUAAAUGAUUUUUUCCAAAGAAAAGGGAUGAAGAAAUUGCCUGUUUUGACUUUUUCCCUGGAUUCCACAUUAAUAUCGAAGUGGAGGGAACAAGAGAAAGGAAAAAGAAGGCUCAAUAACGAAUUGAAAGCAACAAAUGAAAAGAACAAAUAAAACCCGAGUAAGAAGGCAUGUGGAAUUAAGAAAGGUGGAUGAGUAUAAUCUAUGAGAUAAAGGCUGAUGUAAAAAAAUUGUAAUACCAGGAUAUAAAUACAAAAACAUGGCAGAGGAUCAAUCACAACUUUAUCAAAGAAAACAAAACCAGUAAGAAUGGAACAAAUGAAUCCUGCUGAUUUCUAUAUGUGGAAGUUAAGUUAAUCAGUUAUUUUGGUAAUUUAUGGAAACAUCCAAAAACGUAACGUGAGAUUUUGUAAUAUCGCUUGAGUUCCAUUUAUUUAAGAGUUCCCCUCUGCAUAAUUAUUUUUCAGAUUUUUGAGCAUUUCAAGAAGACUCAUAAUCUCCAUGUUAUAGCUGCAUUUUGCACAAGUCCAUGAAGAUGGCAGCGGUAAAGCCGGGGUGGUUUUUAAGGCACUUAGGCUGACAGAUUCGUCCAGGGCAUGGCGAGGAGGAGUAAAGAAGGCUGCUGUUCUGUGCUGCAGAUGAAUGAAGACAAUGCACGCUUUGGUUUACUGGCAACGCUGAUUCUAAUUUACCUGCUGUGUGGAGCAGCAAUCUUCUCGGCCAUCGAACACCCCAGUGAGCUACAAGCCCAAAAGCUCUGGAAGAUGCGUCUUCGAAAUUUCACACAGACCUUCAACGUCAGCCCCACAGAACUGAUGGCCUUCUUGAGGCAAUAUGAGGAAGCCAAUGUGGCGGGGAUUCGUGUUGAUGCCCUGAGGCCUCGAUGGGACUUCCCUGGGGCAUUUUACUUUGUGGGCACUGUUGUUUCAACAAUUGGGUUUGGCAUGACAACACCUGCCACCAUCAGUGGAAGGAUCUUUCUCAUCUUCUAUGGGCUGAUUGGCUGUGCCGCCACCAUUCUCUUCUUUAACCUCUUCCUGGAACGCAUUAUCACCAUGUUGGCAUACAUACUGAGAUGGGUUCAUGAAAGGCAGCUGCGUCGCACUGGCGUCCGCAUGUCGUCUGAGCACCGCCGUGGUUCGGCAGGUGACGUCGAUAGCCUUGAAGGCUGGAAGCCCUCUGUCUACUACGUGAUGCUGAUCUUAGGAGUGGCGGCCUUGCUCAUUGCCUGUUGUGCUUCUGCAAUGUACUCUUCCAUGGAAGACUGGAGUUACUUUGAUUCUUUCUACUUUUGCUUUGUUGCAUUCAGCACAAUUGGCUUUGGCGAUCUAGUGAGCAGUCAAAAAGAACAUUAUCAAAACCAGAAUGCUUACCGUUUUGGGAACUACCUGUUCAUUAUAAUGGGCGUUUGCUGCAUUUAUUCUCUUUUUAAUGUCAUUUCAAUUGUCAUCAAGCAGAUCCUCAAUUGGAUAUUGGCCAAGAUAGACUGCCGCUGCUGCAGGCGCUGGCAAAAAAAGCAUCUCCGUCAUCAUCGCAAUGCGGUGAGACCAGCACCUAACAAGACUCGCCAGAAAAAUGCCUCCAUUGAUACGGUCUGUGACAGCGAAACUGACGGGCGCCGCAUGUCAGGGGAGAUGAUAUCCGUCAAAGACUUUCUAGCUUCCAAUAAAGUCUCCUUGGCAAUUAUGCAGAAACAGCUUUCAGAGACUGCAAAUGGAGCCCGACAAACUUAUAUCCACCAUAACGGCUUUUCUGGGGGAAUUGGAGCUCUGGCUAUCAUGAAUAACCGGCUUGCUGAGACCAGUGUGGACAGAUAGCAUUUAACGGAAUAAAAGUUGACAGUAACUGAAGAUUUUCUCAGAUUUUUUUUUUUUUGCAAGCGACAUUGUCUUUGAAAACCU